AUGAUCCCCGUGUCCCUGUUGGUGUUUGUGAUGACAGGCUGGUGUUCCGUCUAUCUGGUGGAUACGUUGCUCAGGUCGUCUGUGACACACCGGAUCAGCUACGAGUCGUGGCUCGCCAGUCGAGGCCUAAUGCUGUCUCCGUUUCAUGUGAGAUGGCAAACCACCAUGUUCAACCGACUGUUUGCGUACUGCGCCCGCAUCAACCCCCGGGCCCUCUACAUGUGGUUCAGCAGUGGUCUGGUGUUUGGUAUCGCUGCCAUGCUGGGCUCAGUGGUGCUGCUCAUAAGGACGCUGCAGCAGACAGUCACUCAAAUGACCACAGACAACCCACGGAUCGGAGGUCAGCAGGCCCUGCAGGUGGUGGUCCCCGGUAUCAAUCUGCCCACCAGCCACCUGGCCUACUUUUUCAUCGCCCUGCUGCUCAGUGGAGUUAUACAUGAGCUCGGCCACGCUGUGGCAGCACUGAGGGAGCAAGUGCGAGUGAACGGAUUUGGGAUGUUUGUGUUCGUAGUGUAUCCUGGUGCAUUUGUGGACCUCUUCACCACACACCUCACCCUCAUAUCACCUACUCAGCAGCUCCGCAUCUUCUGUGCCGGCGUGUGGCACAACUUUGUUCUGUGUGUGGCAGCAUUAGCCUUCCUCUUCCUGCUGCCUGUCCUUCUGUUUCCCAUGUACUCCACCGGAGCCGGGGCGCUGGUCACAGAGGUUGUGCAGGGCUCUGCAGCUGACGGUCCCAGGGGUCUGUCAGUCAGGGACAUUGUGACGGGGUUGGAGGACUGUCCCGUCAGGGGAGUGGAGGACUGGACCAACUGCCUGUCUCACCUCUCUCACACACCACAGACAGGAUACUGUGUCCCCGUCGCUAGCCUGCAGCCCAGCUGGGCUCAUGGACGAGCUUUCAAGCGUCUGGAUGGAACAAUGGACUGCUGCAGCAACAACAGCCUGACAGACCUCUGCUUCUCUUACAUUAAGCCCCAGGGCAGGAGCAGCAGAGAGAGAGAGUACGCCUGUAUGCCGGUGCGUAAGAUGGUGACGGGAACGCGAGUGUGUCACAGCGACGACGACUGCGCUGCACAUUCCAGCGUUGCCAGCGUUUGCGUCACGCCCUCUCUGGAGAACCAGACUCGCUUCAUUCGUGUCACACAUCCUCCCAACACACACAUGCUGUUUGUGGGAUAUCCUCCACACCUGCAGUAUGCAGUGAGUCUGACUAACUUCGUCCCCCGCUUUGGAUUCCUCCACCUGGAUCUUCCCGUCUUCCUGGAGACCUUCUGCAAAUAUGUGGUGUCCCUCUCUGGUGCGUUAGCAGUGGUCAACUCUGUGCCGUGUUUUGCUCUUGAUGGUCAGUGGAUGCUGAACGCCCUAUUGGAGGCCACGUUGGUCAAUGUGGUAACAGACCGUCAGAAGCGUGAGUUGAUUGGUUUCUUCCUGCUCCUGGCAGGCAGUGCCCUGCUGGCGGCCAAUGUGGCGCUAGGCCUGUGGAUGGUCACGGCGCGGUAGCCGCAGCGGUUAGCUGACCCCCGGUGGAAUGAGAGAUGUUGUCUCAGGAUGUGUUUGAGACGUGUGGACCAUUAAACUGUGAACAUACAGGGAACAGACUGCAUUGUCCAGCAGCACUGCCCACCUUGUUGAGACGAUUGAGUAUAACAUCACUCUGCCUUUAAUGCCCUAACUGGACCGCCAGGGAAAACAACUUUAAUCCACCUUGUGGCUGCCAUGAAUACAAAAGCACACAAACAAAUUUAAAAAUGCACUUGCUGUAAAGCACUGUCCUAUAUGACUGUUUACAAAGACUGAACUGAUUUUGUGUUUUCCAUGAGUUUGAUUCCAAAAAUAUCAUAUUUUCCUGAGGUCUUGACUGAACCAAUCUUUGGACAAAAAGUUUUUAAAGAGCCUUUAUUAUUUUCUGGUGAAUGCAUGGUGAUAUAAUAAUCUUGAAUUCCUUAUCACUGUUGAAAAACCUCACUACCUAACAUUCAUGUUUAAUCAAACAUGAAUUAUUUAAUUAAAUCAAAGGACUCCUUUUCAUUUGAGCAUAUUUAAAUGGCAUUUGUCCUUUAAAUUUAUCACUUUUUUGGGCAUUGAGGUUGGGAAAUUAUUAUUUGAGCUCUGUAACACCUUUUCUGUAUGUACAAGUUUCAUUUUCAUUAUGUUAAUUUCAGUGUCUGCCCUAUGGUUUUAAAAGUC